AUGGCGGACGACUCUCCAUCCCUUAGCAAGAAGCAGCGUCGCAAGCAGGAGAAAGCUCGAUGGUUGACUGAGCGUAAAGCCGUGGAAAGAGCAAGUGGCAAUGUUUUGAUCAAAAGAAAACGUCGAAACCAGCGCCAAAGUCAUACAAAUGCAAGUGUUGUACGAUCCCCCACUGUCCACUAUCAGACAUGCACGUCCACUACUUGUGACAAUCAAAUGGCAGGCAAUAAUUGCAUUAUUCGUAGCAUUGAACCUUAUGUACACCGCUUUGCAUUGUUUUCGAAAGGUCGUUGGAUUGGUUCUUCAUUGCGUGAAGUUUUUGCCAGUGAAUUUCCAACUCUCUCGACUGAUUAUUGCGCUCAAGCGGUUCAAGUAGGACUUGUUCGAGUGAAUGGAAGGAAAGUGAGUCUUGACUCUGUGAUCCAGAAUGGAGAUUUUCUGGAACAUUUCAAACAUCGACAUGAACCGUGUCUUCAUUUACCAGUAAAGGAUCCCAAGAUAACGGUAUUAUCUACGACAUGGAUACAUUUUGAGACAGACGAGGUGAUAGUCAUUAACAAACCUUCUGGCAUUCCUGUGCAUCCAACUGGAAAUUACCAGUUUAAUUCGCUGACACAUAUACUGCAGCAUGACCGGCGUAAACGCGUUGAUGGGAAGGUGGUGGAGACGCUAGAAUUGUUUCCAGUGCAUCGGCUGGAUCGACUUACAUCUGGGUUGCUCCUUCUUGCCAAGACAGCAGAGAAGGCGCGUAGUCUUACUGCUGAAUUGACGGCUAAUUCAUCAUUGGCAAAUACUGCUACUCGCUCAAUGCAGAAAUACUAUGUGGCAAGAGUCAAGGGGGCAUUUCCGGCUGACAAAAUUGGUUUUGCACAUGUAAUAGGGCUGAGCUCAGGUCUUGUGAACAUUGAAUCUGCAAGUGACAAAUUCUGGCGUGUGACGGCUCCGAUCGGAUUAAAAUGUUCACGUGAUGGACAUGUGCGAUGUGUUAUCGAUGCUGCUGAUUCUAAGAUUUGUGUGACUCGAUUGCGUCGCCGCGGAGAAGUUGUAAAAGGUGAAAGUAUUGUCGAGUGUCUACUUGAAACUGGACGGACGCAUCAGAUUCGAGUUCAUUUACAGCAUUUAGGCUUUCCAAUCGUGAAUGAUCCACUCUAUGGCUUUAUGGCAAAGGAGUUGAGCAUGACUGAGUCAUCAGCUUUACUGGAAGUAUCAACGGAUGUCCGUAAAUGUGGUUUGAUUGCAACUUUCAAGUCUACUGAAGACAUUACGGACAAGGAACAAUGCUGUAUCAAUACGUGUGAUAUUUGCAAUAUUGAAAAAGAAGAAGAAACACAAGCCAUUGAGAAGAAAGAGACGAGAUUGUAUUUGCAUUCAUAUCGAUAUGUAUCAUCUCACGGGUCCUUUGAGGUGCCGCUGCCACUUUGGGCAUUAGUCCACGAAACAAAGCACAAGUUAAACAAAGAAGAAAAUCAACUUGUUUAA